UUGUGCGCGUGUAUGUUGGUGACUACUGAUGUCAGUCUAGUAAGGCCAGUCAGUUUGCAGUCAAGAAGAGUUCAGGGACACAGGUUGUGUGGUCAGCUGUUUGCAUGAUAAUGCUGCGUAUCAAACACUUCCACAUCUCAGCAGGGAAUAGUGAGAAGUGUUCCUUUAGCUUGUGAAUUUGUAGAUCAGGCUGUUCUGUGUGCUCGUCAUCUUCCUCCCGGGACUAGCAGUUUGGCCUGGGCGUGUCAGUGGCACGUGCCCAGGAGAAGCAGCCCAGUCCCUGGGGUGCUUUGCACAUCUCUGGUCCUGUCACACCUGCUGACCUUCCAUGGCCAAGCAAGUCCCACAGCCAAACCCCAAGUCAGAGGGUGUGGGACGUGCUCCAGCCCUUUAGUGGAGAGAACUAUAACUUCACGUGGUGUAGUGUGGCUACGGGGGCUGCGAAGAGUGGUGGCAGUCGCCGGACCCCGUCUCCCGCACCAGGUCUGAUGCAGCGUCGUGCUACAGCGUUCAGGACCCGAAGCCGAGUUCCCGGAGCAAAGCCACCUCUGCCACUUCAAGUCGUACGGCUGUGAGCAAGUGACAGCCUCCCCGAGUCUCCGCUUCCUCCUCUUGUCGUUGGAGCAGAGCUGUUGUGUGGCCACGUGAACUGAUAUGUUGACGUGCUUAUUAGAACCCAUGGGGGUCGGCUGAGUGCUGCGGGUGCGGCUGCGCCCCUGUCGUCGGCCGUCCAGCCGGGACCUGGAGGAGACGCCUUCCCCACGUCGGAACACGUCCGUCACCACCGCCCAAGUUGGUGAUCGCUUCUGGUUCGGGGACUAGAAACGUUUCUGUUGUGGAGCAGGUUUGUGGGACGCAGAGGCUAGGCAUCUGAGAGGGAGGGAGGGAUUCUAAUAAAAAUGAUUCAAGAUUAGGAGAGUGAAUUUUUACUUAGAACAGGAAAAAAUUGACACAAAUCACAGAUUUUAAGAAGUCCACAAGUGCCACACACAUGUUGUCAUUUCCAGCUUCUGCCAGGCUGCUUCAGCUUCUCAUUUGAGUUCUCAAGGAUCAAGAAGUGCAUACACAAAGCAACUGAAAUGCGGCUGUAGGUGGCUGUCAGGCGGUGCGGCUGUAGGUGGCUGUCAGGCGGUGCGUCUGCUUGGUCCAGCGAUGCUCGUGCCCCACUCCGUCACCCGCCCCUGAGGAUGCUCGGGGUUUUGUCCCUGAGCAUGUGUGCGCUCGGGCUGAUGACCUGCUCUGGUGAGUUUCCCCUGCUCUUUGCAUGGGCCCAUCAGCUGCGCUGGGUACGCCGAGACAGUGUCGGACAUGGGGACACAUCAGAUGUUGAGCUGUCUUUUCACACCUGCUGGUUGUACUGACGUGGGUCUGCACCCUACGAGCACGGGUGUUCUGAGUGUGUGGUUUCCGUGUUUCCCAUUAAAAGAAGAGACCCCAUGCACGGUGGGUGUGUUCUUGUAUAUGCGCACGUUGAGUCACAAGGGCCAGUAAACAUUUCCCACUAAAGCCAAGCUGUGUUAUUCCCCACUCUACCGCCAGAUCCAAAAACUGCUGGUGACAGUUCCAGUGCCUCCUGAGCCGGAGGGAGUGAGAUGGAGGAGGGGCACAGAGAGGCCCCGGCCAGCGCAUCUCUGGAGGCCCAGUCCCCACCCGCAGACCUUGGAGAGGUGGUGCCAGGAGAGGCCCUGCAGCUUAGCUGUAAGAGCUCCAGGUGCCAAGGCGAUGAAGAUCAAGAGAAGGGCGGCUGCCAACUGGCAGGACCCAAGGCAGCGGCGAUGCGACGCGGGAGCCUGCAGCGGGAGGAGGACGUGAGCGGGGCGCUUGGCGCGGUUUGGACGAGUUCUUCUGGGUAUGUGGCCGCCAUGCCCUUGCUCAUCAAUAGCGCCAAUCGUCAAGUAGCAGGUUUUGCUGUAGCCACCAUUGGAUGGAUCCUUGGCACUGUAUCCAUGGGCCUGGUGGAGUGGCGAAUAUGGUAUAUGAACAACACCUCUCUUUUCCCCUCUCGUCUGGCCUCUGUGGGAAUGUGGAGAGUCUGCAUUUACCAUCAUGUCAACAACUCUAGCAGAGCCACAACAUGUCAUCAUUACACGUACCAUGAUACUUACCUCCCUCUUGAUAUCCGUGUUCCUCAAAACCUCCUGCUGGUUGCCAGCAUUCUAGGGCUUUUAGAAAAAGCCUCCAUUAUCUUUGCACUUAGGAAUGUGUACAUUGGAAUCCUUGAAAAGAAGGCCACCUGCAACUCAUUUAUCACUUCAGGAAUUCUGAACAUAGCAGCUGGUAUCUGUAUCUUCAUGGCUGUGUUCUGGAAUUACUACUCUGUGAUGAACAAAGAGGGGAUUGCCUUCCCACCAUCUUUCAAUAUGCCCUUCAAGCCAGAUACUCAGAGAAUUGGCAGUGCCAUUGUAGUGGCGUGUCUGGCUGCCUUCAUGAUAUUGUUAAGUGGGUUGUUUUUCCUCUCUUACAAAUUUCCCCUGGAUAGCCAAGUGCAUCCUGAAGUUUCAGAAAUGUAAAAUUCCUGAUUGUGUUGACUUUGUAAAUCUGAGAUUACCAGUAGUUUGUGGGAAGUAUUUCCAGGAUGCUGUAUCAAAUAUUUCCACAGAUUUCAAAACCAUGGCGGUUAUGCACAAAGUAACUAAUUGUUUCUUUCUGUUAUAUUCUGUGUCUGAAUUUGGUUCAUUGACUCAGUUAAGGUAAUUUCAUUUUUUAAAAAUCUUGCCCACCUGCAAGUUGAUCUUAUCAGAUCUGGAUUUUAAUUACUGCCUAAUAAAUAAUCAAUCCUAUAAACCUGGAGUAUGGACAUAGUUUCUGAGAUUUUCACAUCUCCCUCUUAAACCUAUACUAAAAGCAACCAAAACUAUUUCUUAUGGCAUGGUAGUAACAUCUCUCUAUCAUGUAAAAACUUCCAAAAUGUGUAAAUUCCUUAUAGAAUUCUGUCACUUCCCUUACCAGAUUGAACAGUUAUCAGGAUUCUUCCGUAUUAGCAUUAUCUAUCCCAUUUUCCCCUCUAUUAAAAGAUUUUAAAGUAAACACCAAAUAUCAUAUGCCGUCAUCCUGUAUACUUUGAUAUUACUUUCUAAUAAAAAGACAUUUCCUUGUAUAACUAUAUUAUACCUAAAGAACAUUAAUAGUUAUUCUUUAUUAUCAUUGAAUACUUACACUUUUUAAAUGCCUUGGAGAUACUUCUUCAGGUUUUGUUUCCUACACAAGGUAGUCCCUAUGACCCAAGUUUAAAACUAAACAUCCCCCUUACCACCACACCUCCUCUGCCCUUAAAAAAGAAAAUGGGUCAAUUGUCAUGUUAUUAAAUACAAUACCUGUUGAGUCUUAGAUUUUGGAUUAGCUCUUUGAGCAAAGUAUUUCACAGGGGGUUCCUGGUACUUCAGACCGAGUGCAUUAUGCCCGGCAGUAUACAGUAACUGUUCUUUUAGUGAUGCUAAGAUUGAUGUGUGGAUUGUGAAGCUUGAACACUCUUGUAAAUGUCACCAAAUUUACACCUAGGUUUCAUCUAUUGAUGGUCCUUGUUUGAAUCAGUUAUUUCACUAAGAAUUAUAGCUUCUAAUAAGAAUACUUUAGCCAGAUUUAUUAGCUGGGAUGCUUUUUAAAAAGCUUUCCAUCGUCAAGCAUGGCUACUUUGUUAGUCUAAAAUUCAGUUUAUACAACAAGGUAAAGUAAAUGCUUCUUCCCCCCGCUCCUAAUUGUUAACUUUCUAGAGUAAGGAGGGCAAAUGCCCUAAAUUAUUUUUGUGAUCCUACUUUUCCUUUUUGUGUCUUUGUCGUUUUGAAUAUCAACUCAGCUUUUCAGUGUGAACUUAUAAAAUUGGUUCUGUGUUUUUUAAUGGAAAUUGUCAGGUAUGUUCAAAAGUAGAAGACAGUCUCAGCUUCAAGAAUUAUCAAGAUGUGGUCAGUUAUGUUUCUGUAUCCUCACUCUUAACCUGCCCCUGCCUUGGUUUAUUUUGUAACAAACCUGGCAAUUCAUUGUUUUGCACAAAUGGUUCAGUAUGCAUUUCUAAAAAAUAAGGACUCCUCUAAAAAAAGAGAGAGAGAGACCUAACUACAUUGUCAUUAUCUCACCAAAAAAAACUGAACAAUAAUUUCCUAAUGUAAUCAAAUACCUGGCUAAUGUUCUGUUCCUUUAAUACUCUAAUAAAUGUUUUGGACCAUAA